GUGGGCACCGACACACACAUAUGGGUAGGGCUAAACAUUCCUUUCUUUAUUAACUAGAGAGGGAACUUACGUGCUUGAGAGAUAAGUGCAGAAGAUCUACGAACAUACCAUCGCUAGCCAUCAAAUAGCCGAGAUAAUCUUUCAUUCGAUUUGGAAGUAUUGGUUUCCUCGGCCACCAUGACAACCGAUAAAUUUGCCACGAUGAAGUCCACCAUGACACCAAACAGUGAGACAGUCUUCUCCACCAUGUCUGCAAAUUCUUCCGAUUCUUUCGUGACAUCAGACAAAUUUCUCAACGAGAACAUGACAAUUGCUGCAAUGAUUGUAGCCACGACUGAAGGGCCUCAUCAAGGCUUUCGAUUUGAUGACUACACUCAGAGAGCCAUCAUGGCAACUAUCAUCUGUCUGUCGAACGUCGUUGGCUUUGUGGGUAAUGUCAUGGUCCUCCUGGCUGUCAAUUUGUCAAGGAAACUCCAAACACGCACCAACGUCUUCGUCGUCAACUUGGCCGUAGCUGACCUGCUGACGUGCUCCUCUACGCCCUUCACUGCGGUCGCGCUGUUCAGCAAGGUUGGUUGGCCUAUGCCAGAAAUCGUCUGCGCCAUCAUGUCUGGUUUCACCUCUAUUGGCGUUGCCUGUAGCAUCCUGACCUUGGCUUCUAUUUCGAUCAACCGGUAUGUCCUCAUCAUGAAGACACCAUCUACCUACCGCUCCAUCUACACACCUAAGAAGAUUGCAGCUAUGGUGGCCUUCACAUGGGUUUACCCUGCUCUGAUAUGUUGCCUUCCUGUCUUCUUCGGAGUCGGUAAAUUAGGCUACUCUGAUAAGUACAAGACCUGCACCCAAGACACAUCCCACGAAACCAGUGCCAUCCUCAGUCAUACAGCCUCUGCCUUGAUCUACCCAAUCCCUUUGAUAGUCGUCUUCGUGUGCUACUUUAAGAUCUACCGCCACAUCACAGGCCACAUGAAAAAGAUGAUGGGGAAAGGCAAGGGAGUUGAAAUGACAGAUACUUCGAAUUCCUCCAACGUGGCAAGCACCACACAGCUCCACAAGAAUCCACCUGCCAGCUUCAGUAAGCGACAGGUGGAAAUCACUAAGAACCUUUUCUACGUGGUCUGUGCUUUCGUUGCUUGCCUGUCUCCCUUCGCCAUCACCCUCAUGAUACCACCCAGCCAGCCAGCCAUUCCAUGGACCGGGAUGAUCAUCAUCUUCAACAGCGCUGUCAACCCGAUCAUCUACGGGGCCAAACACCCACACUUCAAGGAGGUGUUUCGUCACAUGUUGCGGUGCCGGUACCACACGAUGCCUGAACCUUCUGGAUGCCUUCGAAAAAUCAGAUCUCGAUAGAAUGUCUGACGAUACUUGCUGAAUCGCUCUUCAAAACAUCAGGAGAGUCCAGCGGGACCACGACAUACUCUCAACUGGGACCACGCAUCCCACCCCCCGAAAAAAAUCUAAAACAACACUCGCGUAUUAGAUUUUACAGGGUUGUGCAUGCUCCUCUAAGACGUAAAUAGCACCUAAAAUGUCCCAGAAUUUCUUCUGAAAAUCAGAUACUUUCUUUGCAUUAUUUCUGUAAGUUUUAUGAAACGAAAUACGCAUAAUUUGGUUGCGGUACCCGCUGCUAUAUCAGAUUCGAACCAGCCAGCCGACCCUUGCUAGCUCGGUGGUACGGUCGAGUGGUAAGACGCCUGCACGUGGGCGGGGAUUGGGCCGUCACCGCGUUAUGGGGAAGUUUUUAAGCUUUGGCAGGAGCUUCUACAUGCCACUUGGUGGUCGGUAUGUCUUUCCGUCGGUCUGUCUGUCUGUCCCGAAAAUUGACCAAAACCCACUCGUUCUUAAUUCUCAGAACCCUGUUAACUCAUUAAGAGAUAUCUUUUAUUCACAUGGUAUUGCCCCAAACCUCCCAUUCAUUGUUUAUAAAAACACGUGGUUGAAGGGCCAAACCAAACAUUGAAAACACGCAUGCGUAUAAUGAGAAGUGUGCAACUCAGAGACACGGUCCUUUAUUGUAGACAUAUUUUACAACCGAUGCUGUGCAAGAAAGGGAAUUUUUAGUGUAAUCUUAACAUGAACAUUACUGUAGAAAUUAAUCACAGCUUGGAUGUGUGUAAAAUUACAGAUUGUGCUUACAGUGCAGAAUGUUGAAUGAUUUCCGCCCUGAUAGCCUCGGGUUUGGCGGGAGCUUGUGAAGCCGCAGUUGAUGUUGUUGGAGCA